CCCAGAGUGCAACACGCCAAACCCGUUUCCUCAGCCUAAGCAGGGUGCACCUGGAGAAAGAAAAGAGAGAGAGAGGAGGAGGUGUCGCGAGGGGUGAAAAAACUGCAACUUGCCCUAUUUCAACGGAUGGAGAAACCGACUUAACCCAGUUUGGUACUGCAUGGUUUUGUACGAGUAUGGGGAGGAAUGCGCUGUCAACCCCUGCCAGCAUGACCUUGUCGACUGCCGGACGCGUUUGUUAUUUGCAGUCGCGGUUGUAAAUCACGACUGCGUCCUUCAUAUCCGCACCUGAGAGCUUCGUGAAUUGAGCUGUGUUUGCGCUUAGAACCUUGUCAUGGAGACUCCUGACCUACCAAUAGAGGUUAUAACACACAUUCUCAGUUACCUUCAAAUGUCUGAUAGAAAGGAGGCAUCACUAGUCUGCAAGAAAUGGUACUUUGCUUCUCAGGACUACCAGUUUCAGAAAAAAGUUACUUACAAGUUUCCUGCCUCUUCUACCCUUUUGGAUGUAAUUAGUGGUCUGGGAAGACGUCCCUGUUAUGGGAUUGAUAUCAGUCACCUUGAUGGCUCCUCUCUUUCCAAAGCUGUUCUUAAGCAAGUGGCAGUUUGUCUUGGAUCUCAACUUGAAAGCUUGUCUCUGAGGGACAGCACUAUCACUGAGUUCUCCUUCUUAGCAGUGCUUCCGCAUUUUUCUGUCCUUCGCAGCUUGGACCUCAGUGGCUCAGACAGCCUUUUUAUGUCAGGCACAUUGUUGUCCAAGCCGGAAAACAAGCACGCUGUCAUGUCUGUUUUGGUUAAUCUGCAGGAGCUGAACUUAUCAAAUUUGCGAUACCUUUCUGAUCUAACUUUUAACCGGAUCACAGAAUGCACCCCCAAGCUAAGGAAACUUUGUCUAGCUGGCUGCCACAUUACUUUUGAGUUCGAUCCUUAUCGUGGAUCUGAGUCUAGCUGUAACUCUACUGCUAUACUGUCUUUGAAGAACAUCCAAAGAUUUCUUGUUAAACAAGCUUCCACCAUUAAAGAGCUCAAUCUAAGCUGGACUGGUAUCACACCUGAAGCUCUAAAAUCUCUGGUACAGGUGAAGGGCUUAUGUCUAGAUGAGAUAAUUCUUCAAGGCUGUAAGGAUCUUACAGAUCAGGCAAUUGUUAAUCUUUGUAAACUCCAGCCUCAACUUAAAAGCUUGGAUCUCAGUGUCUGUACAGAACUGUCUAGUAAAAGUGUGCUAAACAUAUCUGCCACACUAAAGGAUCUUCAAUCUCUAAAGCUUCAAAAGAAUUGGAGAAUUACAGACAAUGGACUUGCUGAUCUUGUGCAGAGAAAGAGCUUUCACACUUUAGAUGUGUCAGAAUGUAACCAUAUCACUGGUAGUGAGCUGGUGAAAGGCCUGUCAUCUCCAGAAUGUGGUGCUAAACUCAUCUCCCUUAAUUUCAGUUGCUGUGCUAUGAUCAAGGAUAUCACACUGUUCUCAUUGGUCCAGCUGGUUGGCCCAACACUAAGGGUUCUAGACCUUACAUCUUGUUUAUACUUGACGGAUCUGAGUGUUCGUGCCAUCGCCAGUUACUUGCCAGGCUUAGCUGUUCUGCGCAUGGGAUGGUGUAAAGAACUAACUGAUUGGGGUCUUUUAGGAAUGGUGGAGCCCACUGAGGAAUGUGACCCAGACAAAGAAAAGAACGACGGAGGUCCAAAAUUUAGCCGUAAUUUUGGUAACAUGGGUUUCUUCACUCCUCCUAAACUCAUAUUUGAUGAAAAGCCUCGUUUGGUAACUGAAAAUGACCUGGAGAUGUUUAAAGAGCAGGAAGGUGCCUCCCUUCUUGCCCUACGAGGCCUUCAAGAGCUUGAUCUAACUGCUUGUGCCAAAUUGACAAACACUAGCAUCACAAAGGUAAUCAGAUUUCAGGAUCUUCGCUGCCUUUCCUUGGCCAUGUUGAACAAUAUUACAGACUCAAGCCUCAUCUCUGUGGCAUCGCACUGCCGUAGUUUGACAAGGCUGAAUAUCAGCCAUUGCUCAAACCUUACAGACUAUGGCUUGACAACAGCUGUUCGCUAUCUUCAGCGGCUGCAGUAUCUCCAGAUUGCAUGCUGUGACAAAAUCACAGACCGGUUUUUGUCAGUGCUGGCACAAGAAUGCAAGAGUCUCAAGAGUCUGGAUGUGUGCAUGUGUAGAGAGAUCUCAAUGGCAGGAAUUGAGCAGCUACAAACAGAGCUACCGACUUUGGAGAACAUUAAGACACGUUUUGUGGGUGGGUCUGACCUCAUCUUCUCCCUGUAAAGGAGGGCUCAAUAUUCAGCAUCCUAUGGUGGAGCUUCAAGGAUGCCUUUCUUUUCCCAUAGUCUUGUUCCAAUAAUAACAGUUUAUGUCAGCAAUUCCACUGGUAUAUUGAGUUUGGUGUAGCAUCAUUAGUAUGCUGUUUCAGUUUUGAAAAUAAUCUUGAAUCACUCCAGUACAAAUGUAUCAUUAAUGCUGUUGCAGGGUUUUUAAGACACCCAAGUGCCUUCUGCUGCUUCCGCGACAAACAGAAAAGUGCUUUGAUUUACAGAAUUUACUAAGAGCUGUGGUCAUCUGUUACUUUUGAGAUCUGUAGAGGGCGCAUUUGCACUCCAGACAACCAGACACAAUCAAUCCACACAGUCACAGGUUCAAGAAGUUUUUAAUUUAAACAAUACCUUCUACUGGUCUCUGUCCCUGUACAAAUUAGAUACAGUUUAGUUCUGUUGUGUUUCUUUCCUCAUCUCUUCAACUCCACUCUCUUCCAAGCAGGCCUUGUCCAUGUCCUCCUAACAAUGACUCCUUUAUGUACAGGAGGAGGCUUCUGUUAUGCUGGACCCCAGAGUUCCUCUGGUGCCACGGCACUGCACUUCAGAUGCACUUCCUGGGUCAAACAGAAGCCCCAUACCCUCAAAGUAGUGGGGGUGUUCCCCUGCAGACGCCCAUCUAAGUGCACCAACAGAACUGCCCCUCAGAAUUACAGUUCCCAAUAUACACUGUGGAUGUACAAACGUGAGUUCCACGAGAGGGAUGCUGCCACCCUAUGUAUAGGGGGAACAUAUGGCUAUAGGAAGCAGUCUUCCUCUGUCCUUCCGUUAUGACCUCCAGGCUGGAAAACAUACCAGGAACCACCCACCUGGGAUGUGUGCCCAUCCACAUCUCAUAAUAGCCUCCUGACUGGGAAAAGUACCACUAACCAACCUGGUCGGAAUGCCCGUCCAACUAUGUCCUUCCUUUAUUAGGGCUUUCUAGCUGGGUAAGAAACCAUCCACUGCAGCCAAUGUACCAGUCAACAAAGGUCUUCUAUGACACUUUUUAAUAAAAGUGCUCUGAUCAGCAAGUUUUACAUUGAAGGGUUAGUAAUAAAAAGUUAACAUUUGGGCCUUUAUUAAUACAUAAAAGGGAACUUUAAAGACUUACAGUUCAUAAAUAGCGUUGGUAUAUUGUUGCAAAGGUUAGUGCAGGUGCCGUACAGAUCAUGGAUACAGAUCCCAGCUGCCCCUCCCUAAGUGGUAUUUAUACAUUUUCAUGCUUCUGUAUCACUUUAAUCUGAGCAGUCCAGUUUCCUCCCAUAUCCAGUAAUAUAAACAUUUUAAAAGCAGAACUUGGUUGUCCUCUUCACAAGGUACGUUUAACACCUUCCACAUAGAAAGUGUAAUGAAAAAGGUUAUGUUUGUUUUAAAUGAUGCAUUCUCACGUACAGUAUGUUAUCCAUAUGAAUGAUGGCUAUAAAUACCUUGCUUUAUGAAUCCACUGCAGGGCUGCAGUAACCUGGAGGUGUUUUUAGCAGCAUCAGUUCUAGGCAGGGCCCAGCUCCAGGCAGGAUACCAAUUCCUCACUCGAGAGCUGCAGAGGUGCUUGAAAGUUAGUGAACCCUUCGGAAUUUUCCAUAUUCCUGCAUAAAUAUGAUUUAGUACAUCAUCUGAUUUUCACACAAGUCCUAAAAGUAGAUAUGGAGAACCCAGCUAAAUAAAUGAGACAAAAUACCAAAGUUGGUCAUUUACUAUAUUUAUUGAGGAAAAUCACCCAGUAUUACAUAUCUGUGAGUGACAAAAGUGUGUGAACCUUUGAUUUUAGUAUUUGGUUUGACCCCAUUUUGCAGCAAUAACUGUAACUAAAUGUUUCUAGUAGGUCUUGAUCGGUCCUGCAUAUCGGCCUGGAGAAAUUUUAGCCCAUUCCUCCAUAUGUGAUUGCCUCAACUGUUGCUGUUUUUUUUUUUUUUCUUCAAAUAAACUGCACGCUUCAGGUCCAUCCACAGUAUUCAUAUUGGGUUAAGGUCAGGACUUUGACUUGGCCAUUCCAAAACCUUUUUUUUUAUUCUUGUUCAAUCACUCUUUGGUAGAAUGACUUGUGUGCUUGUCGUUGUAGUCUUGCUGCAUGACCCAGUUUCUCUUGAGAUGUAGUCCAUGGACAGCUGUCCUUACAUUCUCCUAUAGAAUUCACUGGUAUAAUUCAGAAUUAAUUUUCUUCUCCACAAUGGCAAGCUGUCCUGACCCAGACGCAGCACAACAGGCCCAAAGCAUGAUACUACUGCCACCAUGUUUCACAGAUAGGAUGAUGUUCUCAUUCUGGAUUGCAGUGUUUUUCUUUCUCCAAAAUAACACUUCAUUUGAACUAAAAAGUUCAAUUUUGGUCUCGCCUACCCAUAAAAUAUUACUCCAAUAGCUUUCAGGCUUGGUCACAUGCUCUUCAACAGACUUUCUCCUUGCAACCAUGCCAUACACACCACUGUUGUGUUAUGAUGAGGUUUUAAGUAAUAUUUAUGCAGGAAUAUGAAACAUUGACAGGUUCACUAACUUUCAAACACCACUAUACAUCCACAAUUGUUCAAACUGUGGCAUUAAUAUCUUUGGGAUACCAUCAAGGGAAGAGCUACUAGGCACAGUGCCAGGCUUAAUGGUAAAUGUCUUCAAGACACAAUCAAAAAGCAGAUUUCUUUCAUUCUGACUAGACAUAAAACUAUAAUGACAUAAUAAUUGUAUGUCCCAUUUGCUUAUUAAUUUGCACACACAGAUUGAUGGACAAGCUACUUUUUUAUUGUAUACCUAAUUGUAAAGUAUACUAGAUCCAGUAACUGAACAUUUUAGAACACACUUAAUUGCUGUCUUAUGUACAGUUCAUAGUAGUCUGAGUCAGGUGGCAUGAGGGAGAAUACAAACAUGUUCAUGGAUUUAGCAGUCCACUUUACAGUAGACUGGCCCCAAAACUAUUAAUAUAUGGAACAUAUUAGAUAAGGAACAGCUUGGUGCAAACAAGACCAACACUGAACCCUUAUAUCUGCACCCUGUUGUUUUAGGCUACAGUGAGGGAACAGGACACUGACACUAUGAUGUACCAAACUGUUUUGUAGUUCUUCUGCAUAAUCAAUCUUAACAUAAAAUAUUUUGUGAAUGUAACUAUUGUUUUGUGUAUCCAUCCAUUACUGGGCAGGGUUGGAACAUGCAGAAGGUGAGUCUAUUAGAGCUGUCAGUUACACCACCAACUCAACACCAAAUUCAUUGAAAGCAUGCAGUGGGGUGCAUCAUUACUCAGAUUAGCACAGCAGUAUAUGAAAGUGUAAAGCCCCGCUGAAUGAGUCAUUUUCUGAUGUACAUUUAUAGCUUUUGCUUUUAGAUUUGUCCUGCCCUAAUCUCUUCUUUAACAUUAAGCAACACAACAGGUUUUCAAAAUGUAAUAUUCAGUUGAGAUACUGUAUGUAUAAAAUGUUGUUAUAAAGAAAUAUGGGUGGACUCCAUUUGGUCUGCUAUCACACUUUCAAGCUACUGAGGCAGUGGUCUCUUUGUUCACCAGGCUAUAGAGGACCAAUGCUGGAGAGCAAGUGAUAUGUGCCAGGAAGUAAAACAUUAUGGCCAGAAAUAAGCACACUGCCUGUUGUUUGGAAAUAUAAUGUAUUGAAAGUGAGAUCAAUUUCUAAAGGGAAGAAGAAGAGUGCAAAUGGGGUUGGGGAUUAAUGUUGCAUUCAGAUUCUAAAUGCUGCCAUUUUAACAACUGCUGUCACCCCUCCUUUACAUUUACUUUUUUCCAGUGUAGGCUGAUAUGCAAAUCACUUUAAAAGACACCAUAGUAGAAAAAUAUGAUAAAUGUCAUUUUAUUUUCCAAAAUAAAAAUUCAGUCCCACAA